CCAAAAUUCGCUCACUUUCUUCUCGGGAUAAAAGGUAAGCGGGCCCACCAAAUUGUGAGCUAUUGACAACGACACUCCCCCAUCUUCUCUCAUCACUUAAUUAUUCUUCUCCCACUACAACUAAAAAAUUAAGAAAAAACACUCUGUUUUCAGCCGUCAGCAAAUUCAAGCAACGAAAUUUCCAGUUUUUUCAGGAAACAUUGUUGUGUCUGAUUUGUUGGCCUAAGCUUUGACAUACUGCCUACGUUUCAUCCUGUGAAGUUGAUGUUGGCGAUACUAUGCAAUUAUACCAUCACCCCUUCUCUGUAGACAGCCAAAAGGUGAGACUUGCACUAGAAGAGAAUGGGGUUGAUUAUACGUCAUAUCAUAUCAACCCUAUCACUGGCAAGAACAUGGAAGCGUCAUUCUUCCGGAUGAAUCCAAGUGGGAAGUUGCCUGUGUUUCAGAAUGGUUCUCACAUUCUUUACAACACGAUUGAGAUUCUACAGUACAUAGAACGGAUAGCGGCUGUCUCAUCAGUUGGGGAUGACAUUAAUCUCAGCAACCGAGAAGUCCUUGAAUGGAUGCACAAAAUCCAGGAGUGGAACCCUAAAUAUUUCACGCUCUCUCGUGUCCCUGAGAAACACCGCCUAUAUGUUUCAAAAUUCAUAAGGCGAGUAAUCAUUGCUAGGAUGGCAGAGUUUCCUGAUCUAGCAAGUGCCUAUCACCUUAGGCUCAGAAAUGAAUAUGAUACAGAAGAGAAGUUGAAAGAUCCAGAGGUAAUAAGGAGGGGUGAACUACAUUUGGUUAGGCUUCUUGAUGAGAUAGAAACACAAUUGAACAAUACUUCAUACUUAGCCGGAGAAGAGUUUACAAUGGCAGAUGUUAUGCUUAUCCCGGUAUUGGCUCGCUUGGUGCUCUUAAAAUUAGAAAAUGAAUAUAUUAUUACUAGGCCAAGUAUUGCUGAGUAUUGGAAGAUGGUGCAACAGAGGCCUAGUUACAAAAGGGUGAUCGGGAGGUAUUUUGACGGUUGGAGGCGGCAAAAAACAUUGACGAAAACCUGGUGCUAUAUUCAUAUGAGGAGCUUGUUGAAGAAAUAUUGAUUGUACAGACUACUACAGAGGGUUGAGAAAAUAAAAUUCUGAAGCAGUUUUAUUCUUUAAUUGUUAUUGAUUUUUGUUAGGGAGCAUAUUUUAUGUUGUACAGAAUUACAGAAGACAUUUCAACCAUUCUCUCUUUGAUUUUGUAGUCAUUUUGCAUUUUGUUCAAUUUUUGGAGGUGUAACUUGGAAAUGUAAUGUAUAUUUUGGUUGCUUUGUUAAACCAUUUUUGAAAUCAAAUAAUUACUUUGUACUAUUACUAAGUAUGUAAUUUGCAUUUUCCUAUCACAGGGAAAAGGAUGGAGUAUCAUAUAACAUUAACACCUGGCAGCUUUAGUGUUCAUCCAUUUAUGAUUCAUGAGUAAUGACAACCUUUUCUCAAUCCUGUUUCAGUGUUGCUGGCCUUGCUGCAAACGGGAUUUCUUGUAAGCAUCGGGAACCCACCAUUGUUCGAGCAAGAGUAGGGACGUGCAAAAGGUGUUUUUGAGACACUAUUAAUGUGCUUGGCUUUCUCCUAGCUUUAUCAUCAUAUUGGUAACUGG